GGAAAUAGAAUAUGAAACUUCAGUCACUUUUGAGGACUUUUUCCAGAGCGACGCGAAUAUACUGAAUGUGAAGCAAAGGAAAAACCAUCUAUAGGGAGGGGCUUGCAUAAUUUUUAACUUUUCCAAUCGCGCGGUGGACUUCAGGAGCAAAACCCGACCGGUCUUAAUCUAUCUUACUGGAGGAAGUUACUCCAUGUUUGUUUUGUUUUUUUUAAAGAAAACUGGACCCUUUGACAAAUUGAAGAUCAGACUUUCAAAGACGCUUGGCAUUUCCUGCAAUGACAAGUAACGAGCACUGAAAAUGUCAAUUUAGCAGAUAACCCAGGUAGUAUACGGAGACCAUUAAUUAACUGUUACAUAACCAUUUUAUGAACGUGACCCGUUUCAAGGAUUUGUAUUGAUUGAGCUCAAAUCGCUUUUUUUAAUUUUCAGUUUUCUUGAAAGAAUAACUUAAAAUAAUCAGCAAUGGAGUGAUAUGCAGUAUUUUAAUUCCUGGUUGACAAAUUUCAAUUGGUGUUUUCCAAGAACCGAGCGUAACAGCAAAAUGCCAGCAACAUGAAGUUUAUCUGAAAUGAGGAUGAGAAUAUGGCAAAUCAUCAGGUAGGGGAAAACGUUUUCAGCUGUGUAAACAAACUCUUUUACGCUUUAUUUCGAGGCCAAUAUAGAUAGUUGCGUAGUACUAACGACCAUGCACCGGACUAAAGAAAAUUAAAAUUAAAUUAAAAGAAAACCUGCUUACCGGCUGAAAGACCUAAUAACGAUACAACGUAAACUGGGUUGGGAUUGAAAUAACUCGUUACUGACUGAAAUAACUCUCUUGAGUCAAAGCCCGAGGGGAGUCCAAAGCGCUUCCUUUGUAAGAACUGUGAGGAAGGAGCUCCGAACAAUAUAAUGGGUGGGCCUGCUGUAGUGUAUCGCAGGCACAGUGCAAAACAGGCCAAUAGUCGAUGAGCGUGGCAGCUUAAUGCGCCUCAGGUGCGAAAAAACGUGAUGAUUUUAAUAGACGGUCCAACCUUGUCGAAUGCGGCAAGCUUACGACAAGUCUACCACGUAAAAUGUUUCGUGUAAAUCAAAUCUACCACUUGCUUUAAUAUUAUUGCUACGUUCGACCCGGACACGUAAAAUAUCGUUUAAGUGAAAAAUAUUUCCAUGUAAAAGAAACGGGUUAUUGUAGGGAGAAAGAAUAUUUCGUGUCCUGGAGAUAUUUGUAAAUUCGUAAAUAUGCCGUAAAUUUGAAUUUUGAUUUCGCUGAAAAAGCGGCGAAAUUUGGAAACAAGUGACUGGGAACACUUGAAUAAUUAUUUUAGCAGUGAUGAUCGAUGAUUGCCCAAGAAAACACAGAAUCGAAUAUUUUCGUCUUCUAUUUUCCAAGUGACCCAUAUUUUUAGGUCCUUGCGGUUAGUCGACUAACCGGUUUUCUAGACAAUAGGCAACGCCUUUUUACUUUAAAUAAACCGACCGUAUAAAUUAGAAUCGUACAAAGUCGUACAAAGACUGUCAUUCUUUUCACGGGGGAGAAUUUGUGUGGGUGAAAAGCCACCGCCCUCGUAAGCUUUUGGGAAUCGUUCUCUCAAAGAUGGCUUCUCAAAUGCAAUUUAUCGAUUUUCACUAUCCAUCAGAUGGAAAUUGAAGGAUAUCACAUGAUUAUCUUUAUCAAGUCGUCUAUCGUGACUUUCGUUCUGUUUCAGAGGCUCGUGUGUCGAGCAAUAUUGCGUGACAUUCAUUAAUUACUUACCCAGAAAUCAAAGCGAGGUUACAUAAUCUUUUGUUCAUUCAAAAAAUUCCCGACCACAACGUCGAACAACAACAAAGAUGGCGUCCGCGAGUGAGAUUCCAAGUUUCGAGAAAUGCCAGCUCAAAGCAGCGACAGUGCGAGAAAGAAACGAGCUCAUGUUUAACAACGAGAUACUUAGCGAUGUGCACUUCUUGGUGGGCAAAGAUAAAGUUCGCAUUCCGGGCCAUAAAUACGUUUUGGCUAUAAGUAGUCCGGUGUUUUUCGCCAUGUUUUACGGUCGAAUGGCCGAGCAAGAGUCCGACGUAGCCGUUGGUGACUCCGAAGUCGAGUGCUUCAUGGAACUUCUGCGUUUCGUGUACACAGACGAAGCAGUUUUGACUCUAGAUAAUGCCCUAGGUGUGCUUUAUUUGGCAGAAAAGUACAUGUUACCUUUUCUUGCAGCCAAAUGCAUAAAUUUUGUUGAGGCGAGUUUGAACCCGGAGAAUGCCUUAACGGUUCUCUGUCAUGCCAGGUAUUUGGGAAAAGAGACACUUCAAGAAAGAUGCUGGGAGAUGAUAGACUCGUAUACAACUCAAGUGUUAGAGUCGGAGGCAUUUCCAGACCUUGAUGUAGAAACCUUGUCGCUUCUUGUACAACGAAACACAAUAUCGGCCAAAGAAAUUCAAAUGUUCAAAGCCGUCAAUUCUUGGUCCGAGAAUGAAUGCUUUCGGCAAGGUAUUGAAGCGACUGCUGAC